AUGUAUCUAUCUAUCUAUCUAAGUCUAAUGUCUGUCUAUCUAUCUAUCUAUCUAUCUAUCUAUCUAUCUAUCUAUCUAUCUAUCUUCUCUCUUCAUUAUCUAUCUAUCUAUCUAUCUAUCUAUCUCAGUUCAUAUAUGUUUAUCUAUCACCUGUCAACUACGGAUUAUUACCAAUCUAUCUAUCUAUCUAUCUAUCUAUCUAUCUAUCUAUCUAUCUAUCUAUCACUCCUGGACGAUAAGACUACCUAUCUUUGUUUCUUCAAUAUCUAUCUAUCUAUCUAUCUAUCUAUCUAUCUCAUAACAGUCUAUUUCUUUCUUUCUUUCUUUCUUUCUUUCUUUCUUUCUUUCGUUCGUUCCUUCUUCGUUCUUUCUUUCUUUCUAUUUCGGUCUUUUUCUUCUUAUUUCAAUCAAUUUGGAGCUAAAAAUUCUCGAAUUCUUUUUCUUUUCAAAUAUCUAUCUAUCUAUCUAUCUAUCUAUUUCUAUCUAUCUAUCUAUCUAUCUAUCUCAUUUUGUUCAUAUUCAUCUAUCUAUCUAUCUAUCUAUCUAUCUCAAUCUUUCAAUUAUCUAUCAUCUAUUAAUCUAUCUAUCUCAGUCUUUUUCAUAUCAUCUAUCUAUCUAUUUAUUCUAUCUAUUCUAUCUCAUUUUGUUCAUAUCUAUCUAUCUAUCUAUCCAUCUAUCUAUCUAUCUCAGUCUUUUUUUUCAUUUCUAUCUAUCUUCUAUCUAUCUAUCUAUCUAUAUCAUUUUGUUCAUAUUUUUUAUCUAUCUAUCUAUCUAUCUAUCUCAAGUUUUUAUUUCUAUCCAUCUAUCUAUCUAUCUAUCUAUCUAUCUAUCUAUCUAUCUAUCUCAUUUUGUUCAAUCUAUCUAUCUGUCUAUCUAUCUAUCUAUCUAUCUAUCUAUCUUUCUAAAAUUCUUUUUUCAUAUCUAUCAUAUCUAUCUAAAAUCUAUCUAUCUAUCUAUCUAUCUAUCUCAUUUUGUUUCAUAUAUAUCUAUCUAUCUAUCUAUCUAUCUCAGUAUUUUCAUAUCUAUCUAUCUCAUCUAUCUAUCUCUGAAAGAGGGGAACUAUCUAUCUAUCUAUCUAUAUCAUUUUGUUCAUAUCUAUCUAUCUAUCUAUCUAUCUAUCUAUCUAUCUCAACAAGGAAAGAUGGGGAAAAUCUAUCUAUCUAUCUAUCUAUCUAUCUCAUUUUUGUUCAUAUCAUCUAUCUAUCUAUCUAUCUAUCUCAGUCUUUUCAAUCUAUCUAUUCUAUCUAUCUAUCAUAUCUAUCUAUCUAUCUCAUUUUGUUCAUAUCUAUCUAUCCGGUUCCUAUCUAUCUAUCUAUCUAUCUAUCUAUCUAUCUAUCUGUGUGUCUGCACCAAUUUGUUCAUAUCUAUCGAUUUAUCUAUCUCAGUCUGCUCAUAUCCUUGUCUCUUAUUCCAUUCAAAUUUGUCUGUCUGUCUGUUUAUCUAUCUAUCUAUCUAUCUAUCUAUCUAUCUAUCUAUCUAUCUAUCUAUCUAUCUAUCUAUUUAUCUGCUCAUAUCCUUGCCUCUUAUUCCACUCAAAUUUGUCUGUCUAUCUAUCUAUCUAUCUAUCUCUCUUCUAUCUAUCUCAGUCUAUUUAUACCCUUCUCUAUUAUUCCAUUCAAAUUCUAUCUAUCUCAGUCUGUUCAUUAUCUAUCUAUAUCCUGGGUAUGA